GCUGUGAGGCCUCCUCGGUGCUCGGAAGAUAAGUUGGAUGCAAUCAGUGAUUGCCCCCUCUCAAGAGAGAUCUCAUCAUACAGAGUGUUUCAGUCUCCGAGCCCUUCCACCGUAUCCGAGGACAGCAUACGGUACGGUACAGAACUCGUACAGUACUCGAGUACAGGUAUUAUACGUGCCACACCAGCCAUCAUAUCCCACCUCUGCCGCCCAAAUGCGAAAAAAAAACUCCCAACAAUCUCUCAACCGAGAAGGCUACCGUACUCGUACAGUACAGUACAUCAAUCCCGCCCCAAAAAACAAGCCCGAUCCACUGCUAGAAAUAUUUUGGACACACCGGUACAGUAUUACCAGGACACAGCGAGAACCGACCCCCUCGUGGCGUCUGACAAAGCAACACGGUGCGGUAGACCGUCCCAACGGAAACCCCCGCCAGAAAAUUGCGAGCCAUCCGGACAAGCUAAACCCGUUCGACAUUGAUAACGUUCCGGGGGGCGGUGAAUAGAUACCGUACGAGUAAGUGAAUCGGCGGUGAAUCUUUUAUAUCCCCGAGUUUUGCCUGAUUGACCCCCGAGUUGUCCUUGAUACCAUCUGCGGGAAGGUAGAAAUCUACAAUACCGUACUCGAGCAAUGGUCGCUGCGAAACCUUGACGGCAGGAAAGAAGCAGAGUGUGGAUGGCACGGUCAUGGUUGCCUUCCCUAUUUAACCCUUCUGUGUCUGGAAAAUGGCAAAGUUGUCAAGCGAUUUCACGCGUGGCGAAAGCUUCAACCUUCUCCGUGCCUAUCAUACUGGCAACUCACCGUACCUUAUCCUAUCCUACCGUACUGAAAGAGCCGCCAGGUGCCGGACGCCAGUCACGGUACUGUACUGGGACAAAACACCGCCAUCAAACAAGGCAUCCUGAUCCUCCAUCCCUCAGCUGCGACAAUACGGUAGUCCACCGCCACCCACCAUCCCUCUCCAACGCGCAGCAUCCAUGGUACGCAAACCCCGACAUACCGCGUCGUUCCCCGCAAGAUCUGAGAGCGCGCCACGCAUCUUUUAGUCUGUGAAUGAGGCUCCCACAUAACAACGUCCCAUGAUCGAGUUCUUCUUCGUGCUUAACUGCGCCCCCGGGUAGACCAACACCCAAAACACUCCUGAUCGAAGUCCAUAAACACGGUACCUAGUCUACCGUAUAUGACGAUCUACCUGUAGAUUGUUCAGAUAUAAGGAAGAGGAAGAAAUAAGAAAAGGAAAAGAAGGAAAAAAACAUAAGACCCUGUUUGGCACGCGAUCAAUAAAAAAAAAAAAAAAGAAAACAACCCGCACGCGAUCCAAAAUGUCUAGUGAUUACGGGAGCGAUAUAAACCUUGACGAUGAAGGGGACCUUUUAAACAUCCUCGACGGCAACAUCAACGAUAGCACCGCUUACGGCUCAACACCAUCUUCCACCGAUCUUCCUCAACAAGGCCGUGAGGGAAAGCGGGUGGCAAUAGACAAUGAUGGUUUUCCGGACUCUAUUAGCCAUGUCAACCCCGCCAGCUCAAGGAGGGUGGUCCUUGCUCCAGUGUUCCAUAAUGACUCUGUCGAUCAGGAUGGCGAGGAAGGACCCAUUCUGUACCCUGAACUCGCUGUCGGGAAGGACGACGAAUUCAUCAUCCAGUACCCUGACCUCCGUGCAUGCUCAGAUGGUGAGAAAGAAAUAAUCCUCCUUCCAUUCGCAAGAAAGAAAAAGAGAAGAAAAUAUUCAGAAAAGCAAACUCUAACCGACGACAAAGCGAGUGGCAGCAGUAGAUGACGAUGAGCAAUCAAACAUCACCGGUGCUCCACCAAUUUUAGGGCGAAUUGCUGAAACCCUGCCGGGAAUGCAACCUGACGAUGUGCCAAUCCCUCCCGAAAUUGAUAGCCGUUCCCCAUUCGAUCGAUUCCGAGCACGAAAGAAGGCUCUGUCAGUUACGGAUUUGGUGUCUGGUGUGUGGUGUGAGCAGCAGUUCAAGUAUUCACUGGAGCAGGGGUUCAAACGCCCAACACAAGCUAUGAAGAAGGGCAAAAAGGUACAUAAGGUUCUUGAAGAGCAGGUUCACACAACUGUUCGGGUGGAGGUUGCAACGAAGGAGGAUCAGUGGGGGUUGAAGUUGUUCAAUAUGUGUCAAGGACUGCUGAGUUUACGCCAUGGUGGGCUGACGAGAGAGCUGAACGUAUUUGGGUUUCUCAAUGGCUACUUUAUACAAGGCAUCAUCGACGAGGUAUCAUACACGAACCCCAAAACACAUGUGGCAGAAAAAACACCCCCGACAACAGCAUCGGAUGAAGCCUCGGAUUCGGAUUCAGACGGUGGCGUCCUACUGCCAAUCGAUCUCACAAGCCCCUCCUCCCCUCCUCCCUCAACCCCCGAACACGAUCUGAUGGCACACAUAUCAGACACUAAGACCCGUGCCAGCCAAACCGUCCCCAGAGGUUCCCAAUUGCGUGCAACAGUCCUUCAAUUAAUGCUCUACCACCAUCUCCUCUCCGGCCUCCACGCUGGAGACGUAGACUUCACCAAAGUUUUGGAGAACUUUGACCUCGACGGCUCCAAGAACUUUUCGGACAACUUCCUUGCGCAAAUCGCCUCGUUGGAUUCCGAAAUCAGUCUCGAAGAGCUAUUAGAGAACAACUCUCUCCGGGGCCUUUGGGGUAUCCUCCAGCGCAAACUGAGAGAGGCCAUCAACACGAUCAGUAACACUCUGGCGGUAAACUACAGAAGCCAGAAAUAUGGUGAUAUCAUGGAAAUCAAAACCUUUGAGUAUGACGAGGUGUUCUUGACCGAGCAUUUAAACCAUACCCUCGACUGGUGGCAGGGCAAGAGACCAGCCGCGGGAGUAGAAAUUGAGGAGGCAUGGAAAUGUAAGCUACCACACGAACUCUCCCUCCACUCAGGAAAGCCCUAGCCUAACAAAGAAAAAAAAAACCCCCUCAGGUGGAAGAUGCGAAUUCGAACCAGAUUGCACCUGGCGCCUGGCCAAGAUCGAAGAACUAAGGCGAGCACUGGAAACGAAGAAGACCAAGCGCAAACGCUCGGCAAGUCCAAAGAAGCAGAAAAAAAGCUAACCCUGUGAAGAUGGAGGGAAUGUAUUAUCUACUGUAGAAUGUAACCUUUGGCUCAUACUGUUCCUGUCUUCGCUUGUCUUGUCUGCCCUGCCCUGUUUUGCUCGGCGCUAGGUUCAGUGCACUGUACAGUACUGUACUAGUAUUGUAACAUACGAUGCCUGUACAUGGCACCGCACGGUGAAUUGUGUUUCAAGGGCAGGAGGAGGAGGGGUAGCGCACGAUAUUACAAUGUCAGUGGAGCGUUCUCCCAU